CCACAGUCUCUACAUAUCACAAUUCAGGGUUGAUCCCGCAUAAUUGGAAACGGCUGGUCUGUUCAUUUAUCUCAUUCAUUUAUAUAUACUAUAUAUCUACUCGGAUCGUAUUCAACAGGACCAGUGCGUCGCGAGAAGGGAUAUAAACCGUGUGUGUGAGCGGUCAUCGCUUGUCAUUCACACGUCUUAAGGAUGAAGGUGUCUUGCGCUACGGUUCUCCUAUCUGCGCUGAGCUCCCUCGCGCUCGUCCAGGCCGGCACAUAUCGCUACUAUGAUCAACCUAUAAAGAGAGGGUUGCUGGAUCAGUUGUUGAAUGGCCUUGGCGGCGGCGGUGGAGAUCAAAAUGGAGAUGGUGAAAAGAAAGGCAAGGGACAGGAUGGCCGCGCCACUGUUACCGAAACGCUUAGGCAGACGAUUACCGUCGGCGCCGCCGCAAAUGUAGGCUUCAAUGCUACUGCUGCUGCUACUCAGACGGUAACUGUGACGGAGGCUGCUGCUGCCGUUGGUGGUGGGAAUGGAUCAGGCGCCCAACUGUCAUUCGUUACGACCACCGUGUACCAAACCGGAGCAGCGCCCACCGUGACGGAGACAGCUCUCGCCUCGACAGUAACUCAGGUCUCUACCGUUAUGCAGAUAUCAACGAUAACCUCGACAAUGAUGCAGAUGAUUGCUUGUGGCUCCCCCGUUGGCACGCCCGUUCAAGCCAGCGAAGCUUCCAUCAUCGCUUCAUCUGCUGCUCAGGCAGCUUCUUCGAUCGCGGCGAUUGAGUCUUCGGCAGCCGCAGUUAUACCGACGUCGUCAGCCGCAGUAGUUACCUCUUCAGCAGCAGUUGUACCGACUUCGUCAGCGGCCGUAGCUACCCCUCCAGCCGCAAUAGCCACGAGCUCCGCAGCAGUAGCAACACCGAGUUCUUCGAAAGCCGUUUUAGUUAGUUCUUCGGCGGUCGAAUCUGCUAUCGCUUCUUCCCCGGCUGCAGUUGAUACACCGACAUCAGCAACAGAGACUCCUGUAGCCUCUACUCCAACGCCAGUGGUGGAGACAACGUCAACGCCAGUGGUAGAAACAACCUCAACACCGGUAGUAGAGACAACCCCAACACCGGUAGUAGAGACAACCCCAACACCGGUGGCAGAGACAUCUACGCCUGCCGCCGCCGUCACGACUGCCACACCCGAAUCCUCCCUCGAACUCGCUCCGUCACCACCGACUUCGGCGGCCCAGGCAGUCACCACACCCCUCGCGGCUCAGUCCACGCUACAGCUCCCCGUUGAGACUCCCGCGCCCACAGUGCCCGCUCUGAAUAAUGCCGGCGGAAACAUCCCGCAACCGGCAGUCACGGCCACAUCAUUGGAUGGCGUGAACGAGGGACCGUCAAUCGAUUUUAACGGUAUAUCGUUGACGAGUGUGUUGUCGCUUGGAAAUUUGGGAAAGUUAAUUUGAUUUAAUUUGGUCGACUAGGUGUUCGUGGAGUGUGGAUGGAAUAGAGGACGAGGGGAUAGGAUGGAUAGGGGCAUAAUUUAGCCAUGUCAACAUAGGUACGCUAUCCAUGAGAUGUGCCUAUACGAGGAAGUAAAAAAAAAGCCUUGAAAUAUUUCCCCCUUUAUUGUCACCCAUGACGGCGUUAGUCAGGUUUUAGGUGUACGAGUAUGAGUACCUAUGGAUUCCUACUAUCAAGACUUUUGUUUUCCUUUAUUGACGGGCUGAGGGUGUUAGGAUACCGGUAUAUGAGCUUUGCCAGGAGCAAAUCGCAACCCUUAUCUGAUGUAAUUUCGCUGUUACGUGGGCAAAUAUGAGUAAUCUAGGUACCCAAGUAUUUUAGCAUGUUUAGAUUCAAAGACAAUUCAUACGUUUAAGUAACGG